CGAUAUCUGGAUUGUAAUAAAUAAUUCAUUCUUUUGGCAUUGAAAUGGCAGCUAUGGAAAAUCAUUUAUUUAAUUUGAAGUUUGCAGUUAAAGAAUUAGAAAGAAAUUCUAAGAAAUGUGAAAAGGAAGAAAAGGCUGAAAAAUUAAAAACAAAGAAAGCUAUACAAAAGGGUAAUAUGGAGGUUGCUCGCAUACAUGCUGAAAAUGCUAUAAGACAGAAAAGUCAAUCACUUAAUUAUUUACGUAUGAGUGCUAGAGUAGAUGCAGUUGCUUCAAGAGUUCAAGGUGCUCUUACCACCAGAAAGGUAACCCAGAGUAUGGGAGGUGUUGUAAAAGCAAUGGAUGCAGCAAUGAAGUCUAUGAAUCUGGAAAAAAUUUCUUCAUUAAUGGAUAAAUUUGAAAAUCAAUUUGAAGAUUUAGAUGUACAAAGUUCUUAUAUGGAUAAUACCAUGUCUCAAAGUACUACUACUGCUGUGCCUCAAGGGGAUGUUGAAAAUUUGUUGCAGCAAGUUGCUGAUGAAGCUGGAUUGGAACUAAAAUUAGAACUUCCUACCAAUCCUCAAAGUAUUAGUUCGCUAUCUUCUACUACAACAGAACAAGACGAGCUUACACAACGUUUAGCCCGUCUCAGACAAGCUGAAUAAAG